GCGGUGAAUCCGGCGGUGUAGCCAGAUCUAAGCUGGGCCGCUAGUGCAUCUGUAGCAGUAUGCCUCAGGCUGCAGUUCCCUAGGGUACCAUGUCACACCCGCGACUCUAAGACAUGCCUGAUGCGCCGUACAGUGCCAAUUGCCCACCACCUAUACACUCACAUACCAAACGUAUAGAUCUAGUAUCCCAAUCUGUAUCUGUACAGCCAGUGCUUCCAGCUGCUCUAGGCAUAAACUCAGACCCCGAAACCACUGUCCAGCGUCAUAAUUCCCGCACACCUUCACCAUCGGACCCAUACAAUCGGAUACCCCGGAAGCCCCGGAAAUGUCACCUCAGCAUCGCAUGCCUCUCUUAUCGUCAAGCUAUCGACACAGCCACGUUCCUUCUACAAGGCAUGGAUCGACACGGCAUUGGGCUGUUCCAGAGCCAUUGUUCCCCUCCGACGCCGGACUCGCGCAAUGUCGAUCACGACAUUUCCCCGGACCGCGUUACGUACAGAAAACUCCACAUGGCUCGCUUCCCCGCAACCCCAGUUGUCAAAGUCAUACGACGGAGCGGCCAUGACGCGCCGACUUUCCCCAGAUCCCAUCCCCGAUGUAACCUUACGUCGUUGUCCAGGCCGAGGGCCGAGGGCGAGUCGCAGUAUGUCCGAACCUGGGGUUGUCGACGUAACUAUAGCAUCUGGAGAGGUCUAGACUACGCACUUCGGAAAUUGCAAACAGAACACAUGUCAUUCAAAUCAAGUCUCCUAACGCCUUUAUGCCAUGGAAUAGUGAUAUCAUGAUGCGACCGCGGUCAUGCAAACAACGCUCGCUAGAUGAAAGCCCUUCGGAUAGCAGAAUUCCAGCUGCUAAGACUCAAGACAUGAUGCAUCGCGGGUAGUAAAACAUUAAACUAUAAGUGGGAGAAUGCGAUCAACGAGAUCCGUCGUCAUUGGUAUGCAUCGCAUCGUCAACGAGAAGGUCGUGUCGUGUCGUAAGAAAGAGAACACCAGGUCGCAUGUUUAGCUGUCGGUGUUGGCGCAAGUGAAGCUGUUGCUGUUCGCGUCGUCGUGGAUGGCGGUGCCCGAGGCGUAGAGACCCAGGACACACAGGAUCAGACCGAACAGAGCAAUGCCAAUGUUGAGCACGGUGAGGGCAAUCUUCUUGGGGCUGGAGAGCCACUGGCCCCAGUUGAGGUGGAGCCAGUAGACACCGCUGAGACCGUAACUGAACCAACUAGCGAAGAGGGCGCUCUGCAAAUCGAUUAGUGUUGUACUGGACGAUGCUUACGCG